AUGAAAGAAGCUCCCUAUCCGGUCCAAGCUCGCGUGAUUGCACCAGAGGUGAUCACUCGAUUUCGGCAGAAGAUAUCCAAACUGGACUCCGCUGUUGAGGAAAUCUUGGGUGCUGAGGCUGAAGAACGAGAACUUCGAGCUGCCCAGGCACAGUUAGACAAAGUAGAGAAGCUAGCCAGCGGGGAACUACAAAUACAACCCAAUUCCAUUCGUCGUACAGAUUGGUUCUUGGAGCGCAAGUUGCAGCGCAAGCGAGAGGCCCGAGCAGCUGUGAAGAAACCGGGAGGAAAGAAGCCAAAACGAACGGCGGAUAGUGAUUCAGAUUAA